AUUCAUCCUACGGGGAAGCUUUUCGUGCUUUCGGAUGGGGAAGGAAAACAUGCGACUGUGGAGAUGAACGAACCUCUAGAUGAAGAGAUCUCCGGAGUUCUUGAAGUAGUGGGAAGAGUAACAAAUCAGGCCACUAUCAUGUGCAUGUCGUACGUCCAGUUCAGAGAAGACAGAAGUCCAUUUGAUCUGGAACUCUACAAUGAAGCACUAAAAAUUAUUCAUGAAUUCCCCGAAUACUUCCCGAUUGGUCAUACUUCACGCAAGAAUUACAUUUACCUGGGCUAA